AUGAACAGAUUGGUUGCAAUGAAGGAAGGCGAAGGUGGGGCCUGUGUUGGAGAGGUGAUUAUAAUGAACGGCACUGUACCGAACUCCUCUGAAGUAGACGGUGCAAUAGCGAGUGACCAUUCGAUGAAUGGCGUAGAGAAGGACAAGAAAGAGGAGAGUGCGGAGGUGCGAGGAGGGGGAGCGGCAGAGGCAGCAGAAGAUCGGAGCAUGGAAGGAGGAGUGGCAGAGCAAUUGCGGGCGGAUGAGGGACAAGCUAAUGGGGGUGAAUCUGCCGCAGCUGAGGCUGGGAGCGACAGGGACAGCGGGAAUGGGAGGGCUGCAGGGGAUGAUUGUGCUGUGAUGGCAGAAAACAGUGUGGUUUCUGGGAACGAUACAGUUGCAGGGAAGAUUGAAAGUGAAGGGGUUGCUGAAGGGAAAGAGGCUGCAUCUGCAGAGCUACCAGGGGAAGAAGCAGGUGUAAAAGCUGGUUCACGGGGUAACAAGGACGAAGGAGAUGAGAAGGGGCGGAGUGAGAAGGUGGAGGGAAGGGAGGGAGAAGCCGAGGAGGCAGCAGAAGAAGCAACAAAGGAGGCAGAAGAGGAGGCAGCAGAGGAGGCAGCAGAAGAAGCAACAAAGGAGGCAGAAGAGGAGGCAGCAGAGGAGGCAGCAGAAGAAGCAACAAAGGAGGCAGCAGAGGAGGCAGCAGAGGAGGCAGAAAAGGAGGCAGAAAAGGAGGCAGAAGAGGAGGCGCUAGUGAGGGGCAUAGUGGAGGAUAUCUUGAGGCGGGGUGCUGACAGCGCCAGCGGCUCCUCUGCUGACCUGUGCGCUGACAUGGCAGCUGCGCUUGCGAUGGUCAAGGAGAUCACACGUGAGGACGACACGUCAGCAACAGAUGCCGAGCAAAAAGGAGGUAAUUCAGGCACAGAGGGGCAAGGCAAAGCUGGCGAUAAAAGCGCAGGUGAAGGUGAAUCAGAGAAUAGAGAUGUGGUUGGCAUCCGUGGAGGUGAAGGUGAAGGCAGUAUUAUGAGAGACACCUCAGGGGAGGCCCAAAGACAAGGGCAGUGGCAGUCACAAGCACCGGAUCCCACGACUUCUCUCCCUCGCCCUCGCAGCGUCUCGCUCCUCCAAUUAGCCGAGGACAGCUGGCGCGAGCGCACUGGUGCCGGCCUGUCAGGGCUGGGCAACGCAGGAGCAGGCGGUGCUGCUGGCAGCGGCAGCGGUGCUGGCAGUGCCGGUGGUGGUAACCGCGUGUUACGGCUGCGGCCAAUCACGAUGGCGGACAUGCGGGCGGCAAAGCAGCAGGUGGCGCCGAGCACGGCGGGGGACAGCAGCAGCAUGGCGGAGCUCAGGCAGUGGAACGACCUCUAUGGGGAGGGCGGCUCUCGCAAGAAGGAAAAGCUCUCCUACUUCCUCUGA